AUGGUGCGCCCCGCUUCUCAGUUUUGGGAGCACGCCAUUAAGAUUAAGGAUGACGAAGGCAACGUAGUCGGUGCUACCUGCAUUCGUUGCAAGAAUCCUGUGACGGCUAAUGCGACUAGGAUAGGCGAGCACAUGUUCGGCACUAACAAGAGGGACAAGAACGUUGCGAUGUGCAAGUCGGACUAUGCUAAGCAGCUGCGGGCGACAGCCGAUCAGGAGCCCUCGACCACGGAAAAUGCUGCGGGAGGAUCAACCCGUGCCUGCACGUCCUCGGUGGAGGCGCCGCCCGUGCGUCGCUCCCGGCAGCGAGAUAUCCGUGAUAUGACGGACCAAGUUGCGCAUAAUCGCCUCGAUUACCUGUGGGCUGCUGCAGUUGCCGAGACCGACCUCGCCUUCAACGUCAGCAAGUCGAAAUCGAUCCAGGCGUUCGUUGACGCGGUGAUCAUGUACGCGAAACCGUACACCCUUCCAACCCCGUACAAGGUAUCACCCAUUGCUAGACAAGCUGAAGGCGGACUCCGAGGACCUGCUGCGGCCGCUGAAGGAGAGCUGGAAGACCAGCGGGUGCUCGCUCUCCGUCGAUGGAUGGACGGACAUCAAAUCCCGCGGUUUUGUCGUGAUGAUGAUCAAAGGCUCCGCCUCGUCGUGGUCUUGUUCCGUGAGCUUUUUACCAAGCUCUCGUUGGUGCGGCCUGGUGCAACGAGAUUUGGCACCCAGGUCAUCAUGCUCGGCAGGUUCCUUGAGGUGAAGCGCGCGUUGAGGGCGAUGGUAAUCAGCGAGGAAUGGGAGGAUGUAGCGGUGGCACGGACGGAGGAGGGGAUGGAGGUUAGGAAGCUGCUUUUGGACGACGUUUUUUGGGACUGUGGGACGGCCGUGCACCGCCUCAUGACUCCCAUCUACGAGGUUCUCCGCGCCGUCGACACACGGGCUCAAGUCAUGGGGCAGCUGUACGGCCUCAUGCUUGAAGCCACGGUGAAGACUAAUGCGGCGGCUGAGACGGCUGCCGCACACUUCAUCAAGCGGACGGGUCUGCUGUUGCCGAAGGACAGGAGCACUUUCCUCACCUCCAUCAAGGCGAUCAUUGCCAGGAGGUGGGACACACAAAUGCACAGUCCUCUGCAUGCCAUCGGUUGGCUCCUCAACCGCCGUAACCAGUACAUUGGGGAGGUAAGGAAUGACAAGGAGAUUAGGAAGGGGGUGGAUGAGGUAAUCCAGGCCCGGGGCGGAGAUGUGCAGCAGCGCAUAACGCUAGCUGCACAGGUGGCUCGGUUUCACCGAGGGGAGGGCAGGUUGGGCUCUGACGAUGCCCGUUGGGCAGCAACUACCUUGGUGGAGGCGGGGCGCAUGACGGAGGCGGAAUGGUGGUUCCUGUUUGGUGGGGAGGUGCAGGCGCUCCAAGACCUGGCUGUGACGUCUUUGUCACAGCCAGUCACCUCCUCCGAAGUGGAGAGGUACUGGUCGGCGCUGACACGUGUGCAGAGGCGCGACCGGAACCGCCUCACGGCGAAGAAGAUGACUGACGUCACCUUCGUCGCCUUCACCCGGCAGGCCCGUGAUGCCUUUGAUCGAAAGGCAGCCCUGCGUUCCAAGCUCUAUCAGGACCUGGGCAACGGCAACCUCAGGGAAGGGGCUGCCAUCAUCUCGGCCGAAGUGGAGGUGGAGGAAGGGGAUGCGGAGGAGGAGGCACCCGUGGAGGAAGAAUGCACCAUUGAUUGGUCGAAAUUUGGGAGCAUCGGCAAGAAGAGGAAAGGGAAGGCGGGUAAGUCAUCUAAAGGGAAGAAGAGGGGGAAGGGCAACGGUGCAUGCAAGGGAAAGGGGAAAGGAAAAGCAGGGGAUGCGGAGGACGAAGAGGAGGCGGAAGAGAGCGGUGGGGAGGAGGAAGAGUCUGCCCUGAAUCCCAAGGGGCUAUAUGCCUGGGAAUGCAGCGACGGUUCAAGUGGGGAGGAGGAGGAGGAGGAAGAGGAUGACGAGGAGUAUGACGGUUAG